AAGCACAAGCACCCUUUCAUUUUUUUCUUCAUUCAACUGCUUUUGCUUUGGUUGGAAGACCAAAACGGGGAGAAAGAUUACAGCUAUAAGAUACUGCUAGAUCUCACUCACUUUGCUGACUAGGGGCAGCCUUUGUUCAUCUGACCGCAACGUUUUAUGUUCAAAAACGUUACCUGCCCGUUGCCCCCUUCAUGUUUCCUUUGUCCUCAACUGAGAGAACGAGGCACUAUGUUUCCAAGAGAGAGAAACACAGCUUGACUCUCUCUCUCUUUUUCUUUGCCUGUCGCAUUGUCUUGUUCCACUUCAGAAUCUCAUCUCACUUCCACGCAUUAAAGACUUAAAGGCCUUGCCUCUCUUUCUUGUUGCUUGCAUAUUUACAUUUUUUAAGAGGCAAGACUCAAGACUCAAGAGGGAAAUAGAACUACACAUUCUUCAUCUAUUCUGUUGCUCUCAACUUCAGAAGCUGAGCACCAGAUGAGAGCUUGGUAUUGUUCUCAAAGAAAGAGAAAAGGAAAUCAGAGAAAGGGGUUUCACAACAAGAGAAUUUUGGGUAGCUCUUGGAGUACAACAUAGAAUACUCGAGGAGCUGUAUGAGGUAGAAGAUUAACAAUGACAGAUGGGAAUUCCAAGAAAAGCAAGCUCUCAUGGUCGAAGAGAAUGGUCAGAAAGCUCUUCAAUAUCAAAAGCAAAGCUGAGGACUCCUACCAAUCAAAUGGUGUUGCUUAUGGAGGAGGUGACGUAGAAUACAGAAGCAGGAACAGCUUCUCUGAAAGAGAGCCUUGCACAAUCAAAAAGAGCAAAACAGAGAAGUUUAGCAGAAACACGGAGCAGGUCAGGCGAGGGAGAGUGAGUCUUGACCAUCCUAGAAUUAUUGAUGUCCAUAACUAUAGUGUUUUUGUUGCUACAUGGAAUGUGGCUGGAAGAUCCCCACCAAGUAAUUUGAGUAUAGAUGAUUGGCUUCAUGCUUCACCACCUGCUGAUAUUUAUGUUCUUGGAUUUCAAGAGAUAGUACCCUUGAAUGCUGGUAAUAUCUUAGGAGCAGAAGACAAUGGCCCUGCCAAAAAAUGGCUUGCUCUCAUUGGAAAGACUUUAAACAAUCUUCCUGGUACUAGUGGAGGAGGAGGGUAUUAUACACCAUCUCCCAUUCCUCAACCGGUGGUAGAACUAAAUGCAGAUUUUGAGGGAUCAGCUAGGCAAAAGAAUUCGUCAUUCUUCCAUCGCCGAUCAUUCCAGACGACUUCCAGCGGCUGGGGAAUGGACAAUGAUCCUUCAACUAUGCAGCCACGAUUGGAUCGAAGAUUCAGUGUUUGUGAUCGUCUGAUUUCUGGUCCCAGGAAAAGUGACUUUGAUCCCAGUUUUAGAUGGGGUUAUAGGCCUAGUGACUAUUCCAGGGCAAGUGACUACUCUAGGCCAAGUGACUAUUCCAGAUGGGGUUCAUCUGAUGAUGACAAUGGCCUUGGAGAUUCACCAAGCACAGUAUUGUUUUCACCACUGUCUUAUGCUGGACCUACCUUUGCUGAAGAUGGAUACACCAUGCCAGGGCGUUCCAGGUACUGCCUCGUUGCAAGUAAGCAAAUGGUAGGAAUAUUUCUCACCAUAUGGGUGAGAAGUGAAUUGAAGGAUCAUGUUCGAAACAUGAAAGUAUCAUGUGUUGGCAGAGGAUUGAUGGGUUAUCUUGGAAAUAAGGGAUCCAUCUCAAUUAGCAUGUCUCUACAUGAAACAAGCUUUUGCUUCAUUUGCAGCCACUUAACCUCAGGACAGAAAGAGGGUGAUGAACUAAGAAGAAAUUCUGAUGUGAUGGAAAUUCUUAAAAAGACAAGGUUUCCACGUGUACAUGGUGCUGACGACGAGAAGUCUCCGGAGACAAUCCUCGAGCACGAUCGAAUUAUAUGGCUUGGAGACUUGAAUUAUCGGAUUGCGCUCUCUUACCGUUCUGCUAAGGCACUUGUUGAGAUGCAAAACUGGAGAGCAUUGUUAGAGAAUGACCAGUUGAGAAUAGAGCAGAAGAGAGGUCGUGCAUUUGUGGGAUGGAAUGAAGGGAAGAUUUAUUUCCCUCCAACUUACAAGUAUUCAACUAAUUCAGAUAGGUAUGCAGGAGAUGAUAUGCAUCCAAAGGAGAAAAGGAGAACACCUGCUUGGUGUGACCGGAUAUUGUGGCAUGGAGAAGGUCUCCAUCAAUUAUCUUACGUCCGCGGAGAAUCAAGGUUCUCAGACCACAGGCCGGUUUAUGGCAUAUUUUGGGCUGAGGUUGAGUCAAGUCAUGGAAGAUUGAAGAAAAGUAUGAGCUGUUCUCGAAACAGAAUCGAGGUGGAGGAACUCUUGCCAUAUUCCCACGGAUAUACUGAACUAAGUUUUUUCUAAUGGAAGGAGGACUAGCUAUAGGAUUUCAGCACCUGGUCAACACCUCAGUUUGAAGAAUUUUAUCCAUGGAAACUGAUAGAGACAAGCCAUUUCCCACAUACCGAAAAAGUUUCAUCUCAUGCCUUGCCAAACAUAUGAUCAGUACACAGUUCCUCAUCAUCAUCUCGUUAGAACUCACGCUACUGUGAAAGUGUGCAUUAUUUGAUAGCCAAUUAACAAACACUCAACUUUACAAUGUCUCAUAACACCGUACCUUCAUUGGCAAAAUCAUUAGGAGCCGGAACGAGACCAUUUUUUAUUUAAUUAAUCAUUCUUUAAUUGUUUUUGGAGAAUAUUCAUCAUGACUGAAUGAAGCUGAAAAGAUCGUCAAGAUAAUCAUUAGGGUACUAACUUUUUUUUUUUUUGAGGAAAUGAGAAUUUUGAUGUAUACUGAUUGCUACAGUGAUGAAAAAGAAUUUGUACAAAGAAAAAAGAAAGAAAGAAAGUUCUAGUUAAUUAUUGAUAGAAUUCCAGAGCCUCCACUCCUCAAUUUCUGACUCUCUUCACAUGAUUAAUGAUUUUACUGAUAAAGGUGCAUUUGAUGUCUAA